GAUUUAAUUUUAGAUGUAAAAUAAUCGAAAAAUUCAUGACUUGGUUAACUGUAUUGCAAUGAAUUCCUAAGCGUUUCUUUUUUCCCACUAAUUUUAAUCUAUAAGGAAGUUUCUUUGUUUUUGUUUUUUUCACAAUUGACAGUCGACCCAAAAAUCAAGUGUAGAGUUAAGCAGAAAUAGUCCCGUUGGCCUCUUUUGAACGACAUUGUUAAUCUGUCUUGCGCAGGUUGCUAUUGAAUUGUUUCCUUUUCGAAUUGCCUUCUUCUUUUUCGUAUCGCAUUUCCUUAUUUGCAUCUGUUUGAAUCAGCCCUUUGUCACAUUUUUUUUUAUGGUUUCUUAACAGUAAUUAAUUACUUAACAUGUAAUGACAAUCGUGAGAAGUGCAUUUAUUCCUGCUAGGAAUUGCACUCUUAUUAGAUGGAUGAGGUUCAUCAUUCCUGUUAUCCGUCAAGAGGAAAAAGCAAUCCAGCAGGAAAAUAAAGAAACGAGGUCAACGGGACAUUCUAAAUUGCAUUGUGGAUCGUAAUAUUCUACACGGCAGUAAAACUUUUGUUUACUAAAAUAUUGGUUCAACACGUUUUCAGUCCUUAAUGAAUUGAUUCAUCCAUCGGAAGUGCAAAUUGAGAUUUUCCUCUAUUUUAUUUUGGUAAAGUAACGGCUAUUUUUAUCGUGAUUUUACCCAACCUUAUUCAUUUUAUUAAUCCGAUCGGAUUUGUUGAUUAUUACUAACCGUUGAAUUGCUAGAGGCGCACACUUGCUAUCCGCGUACCGUUGGCAAUUAACAAGUGUUUACCAUCGCAAGUCGGAGGUAAAAACUGGACAUGGCCCACGUUGGUUCUACAACCCGGUAAAAAUAUCAAACACAUUGCUGGUGGAUCGGCCAGCCCCUUGGUUACGGUAGCUUCACGCUUGUCGUGAACGUGUUCGGGUACUUGACGACCUCCCGGACUACCAACUAUAUAAGAAACCACGCAUGCCCAGUCACCUUUAUCAGUUCCAUCUCGUAUCUUCCAGCCAGCACUGCCAUACGUUUACUGCAAGCAUCUGACGGAGACAAACGUAAACAACAUCGAAAUUUCAUCCGACACCUGCAUCAAUUCAUUCAAUUCUGGAAAGAAAGAAUUUUGAGCUACCAUGAUUUCUUCGCACAUGAUCGUCUUGAUGAUUGUAAUGGCCAUGGUGGCCGUGAACGCCGAGAGCUUCUUUUCACGACGCCGUAACGCCCAGCAACCGUUCCAGCGUUUCAAUACCAACUCGAAUUUCCGACAGCGACUCGGCACUCAAGGUGCCAACAACUACCCUUUGGCAAGCCCUCUGCAACAACCUCAAAGCACCGGUAGCAACCGUGACCUGGCUACGACAAACUACGCGGGAACUGCAGCUUACGAUGGCCACACAAGCAAUUAUGGAACUGGUUACGAAAACCGUGAUGGCACUAUCAAUCCGCUAACGGCCCUUGUGGCCCCUCUGGCUGCCUUGGCGCUGUUGGGUGCCGCUGGAGCCGUUGCUAGCAAUCCGGUGCUGAUGACCCUAGCCGUUUUGUCUAGUGGCCGUAAGCGUCGAGCUGUCGAUAUGGAAAAGAUCGGGCGAGAUGACCUCACUGCUGAAUUACAAUCCAAAUUGCAAGAAAUGGAGACGUUGGAAAAGUACAUUGUUCAGGUACCUGAACAGGAGAAGCAACAAAAGAAGCUUAUGGCAACCUAUCUUUCUUGUUCUGGGUUCACUGAAUCCAGCAAUUCGUGCUUGGAUCGAGUCGUUUGUGACUAUUCGAUUCGACCAGGCAAAAUGACCGUUCUUGAGCAGGACGUCAUUUCCAUUAUUUUGUACAACAUCAUGUCCAAUGGCUACGUUUCUCAAGAAUAUAAAGAACGUCUACGAACAGCAGCCCAGUACGGCCGUUCUCGAGGACAAUGUAGUGCCUUCAUAUGCGAUCAACUCCAUUAAAAAAAAAGAAAUCGAUAGCUUAUUAUUCCGUCAUUAUUUGAUAACAAAAAAAAAAGACAAUUUUCUGUAGCGAAUUUGUUAUGCACAAUUUAACCUAUUAGACUGCAGUGAUGUACAUGCGUGUCAUUGUAACACACUUUAGUUAUCUCACUUACUGAAAUUCAACAAUCGAAAUGUACAUAUACUUUCAACGCACAAACGUAACCAAUUUGUUGUUAAGAUUUAGAAACCUUCUUGCUAAUUCCAUUGUUACUGCAAAAGUUCCACACUUUGUUAUUAGACAACAUUAAUACACGUAUCCAGUUGCAUCCGAA